AUGGCAUCUAGAGUAGUAUCAAAAAUAGCAAAAGGAAUCCCAACUAGCGAUGGUGCAGGUGUAAAGUUAAAGAGAGUCAUUGGCGGUCCAAUCUCAGACUUGGAUCCAUUCCUCUUACUUGAUGAAUUCAAGAGUGAUAAAAAGGAUGACUAUAUUGCUGGUUUCCCUUCACAUCCACAUCGUGGUUUUGAGACUGUAACAUAUAUGUUGGCAGGAUCAAUGGAACAUAAAGAUCAUAAAGGAAAUAAAGGAUUAUUAAGACCAGGGUCGAUUCAAUGGAUGACUGCUGGCAAGGGUAUCAUUCAUUCUGAACUACCUAAACAGGAACAAGGUUUGAUGCAUGGAUUCCAACUUUGGUGUAAUCUUCCAAAAACACAUAAAAUGAUGGAACCUAGAUACCAAGACAUUCCACCAAAAGAUGUACCGGUCGUUGAAAGUGAUGGUGUCAAGGUAAAGGUUCUAGCUGGUACCUAUCGUGGUACAGUCGGUCCUGUAUCUGGUGUCAUUACCAAUCCACUCUACCUUGAUGUCGAGUUGUCACCAGGCUCUAAAUUCUCUGAAGAGAUUCCAACUGGACACAGUGCAUUUGCCUAUGUCUUCCAAGGCAGUGGAUUCUUUGGACCAAAGGGAAGUCAGAAAAAAGUGGAAGAGUCUCAUAUCGGUGUAUUAACUGGUACCGGUGCCACUCACAUUGAAGCAACUGGUGGUGACGAUGGAUGUAGAUUUAUUUUAGUAGCUGGUGCUCCAAUCAAUGAACCAAUUGCUAGAUAUGGACCAUUUGUAAUGAAUACAGAAGCUGAAAUUAAACAAGCAUUUGAUGAUUAUAGAAAUGAGAGAAUGAGUAAUUUGAUCAAGUUUUGGGAAAAAGGUACAAAGAUUGUAGCAGUAGCAAGAAACUAUGUAGCACAUGCAAAAGAGUUGGGUAAUGAAGUACCAAGUGAACCAUUCUUUUUCUUAAAGCCAAAGUCAUCUUAUUGCUUGCAAGGCAGUCCUAUUGAAAUACCAAAGCAAACAAACGACGUUCAUCACGAGAUUGAAUUGGGUGUUGUCAUUGGAAAGAAGGGCAAGGAUAUCGAUGCAUCCAAUGCAAUGGACUUUGUAGGAGGUUAUGCUUUGGCUAUUGACUUGACUGCACGUGACCUUCAAUCAAAGGCAAAGCAACAAGGUCAAUGUUGGACCAUUGCAAAAGGAUUCGAUACCUUUUGUCCAGUAUCUGACUUUAUCCCAAAAGAAAAGAUUGCCAAUCCUUCCAAAGUCGAAUUAUGGUUAUCAGUUGAUGAUGUAGUCAAACAAAAAGAUUAUACUGAUAAAAUGAUCUUUGGUAUUCCAGAAUUAAUUCAAUCGAUUAGUAGAGUAAUGACAUUAGAAGAAGGUGAUUUAAUUUUAACAGGUACACCAUCAGGUGUAGGUCCAAUCAAGGUUGGACAAAAGAUUAAAUGUGGUAUUACCGGUGUUGCUGAAAUGCAAUUUGAUGUUGUCCAAAGAAAUACUAUACAUAGAGAGAGAGAGAUGAAAAAGUUUAAUAAAAAAAAGAUGGCACCAACAACGGUAGCCAACCCAAUCAAACAAAGACAGAGUGGAGAAGCAAAAAAGAAUAGACCUCCAACCAUCUAUCAGAAAAAGAAACAGAGAGCUCCUAUGUCUGUAAGAGGAAAGGAUGGAGAGUUGGAAGAUGUAGAUGAUAUUAGUAUAAAAGAGUAUAAGCGGUCGGAGGAGAACUCGCUCAAACGUCUUCGUAAUCACGUGUACGAGGGUGGUGACGGGUUUGAUAACUUUGACAUUCUUGACGAUGCCUCUAAUACAGUGUUUGCCUAUGCCACCGAUGAUAUUGCAAGUACCGAGAUUCUCGGUCCCGAUCAACUACACCUCAACAAGCACAAGGUCAAGAAAUCAAAGCUCGAACAAGACAUGGAGAAAGAGAUGGACGACGAAAUCAACUUGAAGGGAAUGACACCCAAGUUGAGUAAAAAAGAGAAGCUUAAAAAGAGAAUCAGAGAUCGUAUGGAGUUGGCCAAGAACAUUCAUUUUGCCAAACUACCAUCAGUACAAAGAAAGUUUUGGAAAGAGACUGUCAAGAUGCCACUCGCCGAGCAAUUGGCCGUACGUAAACGUCUCAAAGUAAAGAUUGAAAGAACUAUUACAUCCGAGUUGACAGGUUCAUUGGUGUCUAUUGAAGGUCAAGCAGAACAACAACCGGUAAAAUCACAAAAGGGACUACGAUCGCCGCUACCAAGACCGAUCGUGUCGUUGGACGAUGUCGAUAUUCCAAAGUCGAUGAUGAAGUUUAUCGACUUUUUGCGCAACAAGUACUCGGCCAUCAAGGAACCAACACCCGUCCAAUCACAGGCAUGGAGUGCUGUCAUGACUGGCAAUGAUGUGUUGACUAUUGCCCAGACUGGUAGUGGAAAGACACUUGGUUAUCUGUUGCCAGCCAUCCCACACGUACUCGCACAAAUGAAGCAAAGAAGUGGUCUACAAGUCAAGGGAAUGCCACCUAUUCGUGGACCGAUCGUUCUUAUCAUCGUUCCAACUCGUGAGUUGGCUCAACAAGUAGAUGCCGUCUGCAAACCUCUCCGAUCUAAAUUGGGUAUUCACAGUCUUGCCAUUUACGGUGGUGUCAAGUCAUACGAACAAAAGGAGAUUCUCUCACAAGAGCACAAUGAAAUCGUGAUUGCCACACCCGGUCGUCUGGUCGAUCUCAUCCAGCGAUCGGAAGAGGUAGUCGGUCUACUCAGUCGUGUCAGUCUACUCAUUUUCGAUGAAGCCGACAGAAUGCUCCAACUCGGUUUCGGUGACCAACUCCAAAAGAUCUCUGAACAGAUCCGUCCCGAUCGUCAAACACUCAUGUUUAGUGCUACCUUUGCCAAGACCAUGCAAGAAGCCUCCACCAAAUGGCUCAAGAAUCCACUCAAAAUCAGAGUCAAAUCAAGUUCAGCCAACGAAGAAAACACAGCAGUCAUCACCAAAAACGUUAAACAAGUUGUCAAAGUCAUCAAAGAAGAUCAAAGACAAGAUUAUCUAUUUAAAUUCCUUGAUUCUAUUUUCACAAAAGAAACUACAAUGAGAAAUAGAAGUUUAAUUUUAAUAUUUGUAAAUCAUGUAAGAAGUGUUAAACCAUUGUCAUUGGCAAUUGAAAAGAUGUUGACUAAACAAUCAAGAAAAUACAAGUGUGGUGCUAUUCAUGGUGAUUUGAAACAACAUGAAAGAGAUCAAGUAAUCAAUGAUUUCAAGGCCGGUAAAAUGACAGUGUUGGUUGCCACUGAUAUUUUGGGUAGAGGUAUUCAUAUCAAUAAUCUUAGAUUCGUUAUCAACUAUGAUUUCCCAACUUCACUAGAACAAUAUAUUCACAGAGUCGGUAGAACUGGUAGACAGGGUAACAAGGGUCACGCCUUGACACUCUAUUGUGACAUUCCACAAAACCAAACAUUUGCAAAGGGUUUGGUUAGAAUUUUGGAAGAGUGUUCUCAACAAGUUGAUCCUCAACUCAGAGUGUUGGCUGAAUCUUAUUUUGGUGAUUCAGAACAAGUACCAUUAUUAAAAACUGAAGAAGAAGAAAUUAAAGAUGAAGAUGAUAGUGAUGAUGAAGAAACAACUACUUCAACAACCUCUACAACCUCAACAACAGUUAAAGUUAAAAAUGAACCUCUUGACGAUAAUAUUGCAAAUAUGUUUGAUUGGAAGAAAAUUGCUGGAGAUGAUAACGAUGAAAUUGAAAAUGAAGAUUUUGGUGAUGAAUUUGUUCAAGAUAGUGAUGAAGAUGAUGAAGACGACGAUGAUGAUGAAGAUGAAGAUGAUGAAGAUUUUGAAGAGGAAGAUUUUGAAGAAGAAGAAGAGGAACAAGAGGAAGACGACGAAUAA